UAUAAAUCCCAGUGUUUUGCUACUCCAUUUCUUGCCACCCUAAAAAUCAUGGUCUACAUAACUACUCUCCAACCUGCCUAGCCUACAACACAUUUCCAUUCUAAAAUUCCGGAAAUGCUGUUGUCAAUAUUCCUUGCUCUGUUUCUACCCUGCGCCGGAAUGAGCGUCAUUUUCCUCAUAUACAUCUGCUUGCUUUGCUACUCUGCGCGCGGAAGCAACGAGGCUGACCAUUUCCGCACGCCGGUAAAGCCCGCUCAAAACAGAGGCCUCUCCGCCUCCGAUCUCCAGAAGCUCCCCAAGGUGACCGGCAAAGAUCUUGUCAUGGACACCGACUGCGCCAUCUGCUUAGACGAAAUCGAGGCCGAGCAACCGGCCAGGAUGGUUCCCGGUUGCAACCACGGCUUCCAUCUAGAAUGCGCCGACGCGUGGCUCACUAAAAACUCCAUUUGCCCUGUUUGCAGAGCUAACCUGUUCAAUCCCGAUCAAAUCAGCCCCUGCUGAAUCCAUCAAUUCAUUCGUUUUCCGAUUUUGUACCGAUUUUUGAUUGAAUGGAAUAGAAUAGAUUGUGUAUAGAAUUGCUAUUAACAAGUUAUUUUGUUUA